UCUGCAUCAACAAGCUAAGAUAAAUCACUUACUAUACUCUUAAGAAAAAUCAAUGGCAGUGAAAGGUUUUGCGGUGUUGUUGUUUGUUGCAAUGCUUCUCAUGUCAACAGAGUAUUCCAUGGCUCAACAACGUGAUCCCGUAUGCGCAGCAUUAUGCGCAAUUAGGUGUGGAACAAGGCCUGUAUGCUUAGCUAGGUGCCUUGCUGGUUGCUUUAUUGCAAGUAAUGACACCUUAGACGAAUCUCAUUCUACUUCAGUUGAAGCUAGAAACCGCGUCUGCAAUGUUGGAUGUUCCCUUGGCCAUUGUUCCCAAUUCCUAUUCCAAUAUGAUAACGAGAAGUUUGGAACUUGCAUGGCAAACUGCAGUGAGAACUAUUGCAUUGGCAACAGUACUCUAGAGAAAGCUUAAGAAGCAAGCAUUUGCUCUAAGAAAUAAGUAAACUUUGCCACAGUAUGUGUCUGUGAUAAUGACACUGUGUACUCCUAUAAAUAAGUGGCAAACUCGUGUUUUGUGAUCCAAUUAUCUAAUAAGAUCUUUUCAGUUCAGUCAAUA